UGAUCAAAUCGAAGAGCGAUUCGCCGAUUUCCCACCAGAGCAGUUGGAACUUAUGAAUAGUCCAUCUCUGGAAGAAGAAUUCGAUAAAAGCUUUCCCGAGUACGCAGGCUCAGAUUACCCUGCUCCAGAAAAAACCCCGGGCGCAUUUGGAAUUCAAGCCUGCCCUUGGAACUACUCAUAGAAUGAGCAUUGCCCGACCAACAUGGAGUCAUUGAAUUCUCUGAAAACGAAUGGCCUAGAACAGACAGACGACUUCGCCUCCGAGGCAUUUUUCAACCAGAACACCCUCGAGCAGAUUCAGCAGCUGGAUACCAAUACCGCUCUCAAUGCUGCAGCGAAUGUCGUCCUUCCAACAAAAGCCACCACCCUCGAUCAGCUUCAGCGAAGAUGGUUUUGCGGCUUUUCGGAACGAGUGGCUUGGUCUAGACUUGGGCAUGUCGCCAGCAUUUCAGAAGAUGGUUCAUCUGUCCGCGUGGAAUGCUUGCGUUACAACUACGAGGCUAAGUCGUGGGAGCUAGACGAGAAGAUCGUUCUGCCAACGCUGUUCGAGGACGCAGUUGGGCUUCUUUUCAGUGGUCAUGGACAGGACCUCGCCAUUGUCGAUGCCAAAGGUCGCUUGUUCAUCUACCAAUGUUCCCAUAUCGCCGUUAACCGCUUCGUCCUCUCCAAACCAGGAGACCUCGAUGAGGUGACCGAUGCUUCCCAAAUCAUCGGAAUGGCAUGGUUGAACCAAGAUCGACACGACCGAGCGAGGAAUAUAGUUACCCAUGCUACCAAGAGUGACACCAGAUGGUUGCACACAAACGUUCGAGCGAAACCACUCGGUCCAUUCUUCCCGCACGGUCUUGUGGCUGUCCAUCAUUCCGGUACCGUUGGACUCUGGUAUUUGGGCAACGACGGCCAAUAUAUCAGAGUUACCCAGAAUCUCAACGUCAUGAAUGACACGCUAUAUAGUCACGCCAGCCUUUCUCUCAGUGCCAAUAACAGAAUGAUGAUCGCGCUGCAUUCCAUCCAUGGGGAGAUAUCUGUCUGCUUGAUGUCAAUCGCAUGGCCUGCCUCCACAUCCAACGAAAAAGAGUUGCCGAGUGUGAACUUCAACUUUAUUCCAAGCAAGGUACAGGCUAGUCCAGUCGGAUCAGCAGCCAUGACUGAUGUCUAUGACCCUAACUCAUGGCGUUUGAGCCACCUUGAAUUGACACAAAGUCCUGAAAUCGAGAACCAGCCAUCGGGUCCGGUAGCAGUAGUUGCGGUAUUCACAGGAAUCAACAAAGCGCACAGCAUUACUGACCCUGGGGCACUCACUGGAAGCAUGAUUAGGAGGUGGUCCAUCACUCCCGUCCAACGGAAUUUGCAUCCUCUUUUCGAAAGCCUGCCCUCCAAAGGUACUGGCAAAAGUGAACCGACGUCAGUUCUCGCUCUACGAGCCCAGUCAGAGAAGAUCGAACAGGCGAUCGUAACAAUACAUCAUGUCGACGGCCUCCAGGCAUAUGUUGUCACUACCACUGAGAACCGUACCGAUUUCCUCAGUUCCGAAGACUUUUCUCCUCUCUCGUACGCCGCUUCGGUUGCAGAAACUACAUCGAUGGCCCAAUCGGGCUUCACGUAUCCUUUUACAGACAUGAAAUGUCCGGCUUUCUCAAUCAAUGCUUGCGUGAGAGCUGAUGUCGGUCAUGACGACAAAACUGAGAUCGCGGCUCUAGAAUACCAAAUCCAAGGCCCGGUCCAACAGCCGCUCGACUUGAAUGUUGACGCGGCAGUUGCUUCAUUGAAUCUGGCCUUUGCAAGAGCAUGCUGGAGCAAUGCCAGCAUAGAUGACGUGAUCAUGUGCGCCCAGCACUCUAUUCCUCAAGACGUGCUCCCCACCGUCGUCGUUGGCAUGUACCGUACUCUCUUCAGAGAUACGGAGUUCAUUAAUGAAAAGACGCAAAACUCGGAGCUGGAGCGGAUAUUUCAUAAGCAGGUCAUGGGGCGGGUUAUGGCUUAUCAUGCCAUGCUUGUAGCCUACUGCCCUCAACUACCUUCAAUCGCAUCUAGUGGCGGGCAUGUCGGCGGCUGGUCCCUCGCCGCUCAAUGGGCCUGGGUGGCAAGCAACAUCCGCCACACUGCGACGUUGCUCUUUAUGAAUUUACGCGACGUUGCGCAUGCCACCGCCACCAUGUCCCAGGACUACUCCGACAUGCUGUGUCUAAACAUCCGGUGGGGUCUGGCCGUGAUACGAUGGAUCGUGAGUACAAUCCUGGAGAUCAGCGAUCGCGAGACGAACCCGGAAAUGUUCGAUGGAAAGUCCGGGACUCUAGGUGACGUGAACGGUGACGGCACCCAAGGGCUGGUGGCAUUGUUGCUCAACAUCCACUGCUCGCGAGUGUUCCUCGUCGCCUUCAUCCGUGCAGUCAGGGCGUAUGCCAAAAGCGCCGAGCCCAAGACCAGGCAUCAGCUGCAGGUUUUGCAGACGAUCCAGGCCCAUACUACCGGCAAAGGAAUCACCUUUCCCGCGAUCGAAGCGAUCCUCGAGUACCGCUGGACCGCGCAGGGUGACGUUGACGGCGACAUUGCCGCCACGACGAUGCGACAGCUCGAGAUGAUGGCCACCGGUGUCGUGCCGGAAUCGUACCAGGGGACGAUCAAGAUACUGCUGACGAAGCUGUUCAACAGCCCGGCCGGGUUGCGCGCGAAGAACCUGAUCGACAGGUUGAAGCUGUUCACGGAUCGCAUCGAUCUGGACUACAUCUUCCUCAACCGCGAUGUCCUCGGAAGGAGUCAAGGUCACUCGCAGCAGGGGAGGGUCAUCUACGACGUCCACAGGAAAAGGCCCAUCACCAAGGGUGUGACGGAGCCGGGUGAGCCGCCCGGAAACUUGAUCGUCAGACGCUGCUUGAGGUGUGGGAGUUUCAGCGCCGACAUCGUGGUCCCUCCACCCGACUGGGCGAGCAAGACCGUGGCUUCACUGCUUGCCAAGUGUGUCUGUGACGGUAACUGGAUCAUUGUACCUUGGAAACAGUAAAGCGAGAUCUUGAAAAAAGAAAUGAGGUACAAAAGGGCUCACGAAGUUUUCCGAGAAACAGGGCUUGCAGGGUCGAGCUAGACUUUUCCACUGAGGGAGAUCUACGUUUUCAUAUUGUCUUGGGGGGUCAUGCGUUGGAGGACCUUACCGUCACACAUACACACAUACAUAAGUCACUCAUUGGCGACAGAUGCUGUCAUAUGUUGUGGACGUUGGACCAUUUUGAG